UACUUUUCUGUUUUGUUGUGUUCAAUAUCAGUAGUCGAUUAAAAAGUGAAGGAAAAUCAAGUAAACUAACUACCAAAUAAAAUGAAUUUGAUUUUACCGCUAUAUGCUGCUCUUUCCACGUUUUGGCCUUAGUUUAAAGUGAGCAGCGGCGAGAGAUUUUAAGGCAUUCUUCGGCAAACGGUCAAAGCGGCAGUGCAUUUUUAUUUAAAUAACGAUUUUAGUUUAAUACGAAAACUAUUGCAAGUGAGAUAUUCGUUAUGGGCUUACGCUUUCAACAGUUAAAAAAGUUAUGGAUGUUGUAUUUGUUCCUGCUUUUCUUUGCAUUCUUCAUGUUUGCACUCAGUAUCAAUUUGUAUGUAACCACCUUGCAGAGCAACGGACAAGAACAACUACAACCGAAGCCGCCGCCAAAACGCCGUUCACUAUGGCCUAUAAGAAAUAUUGUGGCUCAUUAUAUAGGAAGAGGCGAUAUAUAUGGCAAUAUGACUGCAGACGAUUACAACAUCAACUUAUUUAAUCCCAUAGCUGGCGAAGGUGCCAAUGGCCGUCCAGUAAUUGUACCGGUUAAAGAUCGCUUUCGUAUGCAACGUUUCUUUCGAUUAAACAGUUUCAACGUUUUGGCCAGCGAUCGCAUUCCUCUCAAUAGAAGUCUUAAGGAUUACCGCACUCAAGAAUGUCGUAAUGAAGUCUAUAAAUUAGAUGAACUGCCUACAACAUCAGUUGUUAUCGUCUUUCAUAAUGAAGCCUGGUCGGUGUUGUUGCGAACAAUCACAAGCGUAAUCAGUCGUACACCACAACAAUUACGUAAAGAAAUUAUACUUGUUGACGACGCGAGUGAUCGAAGUUACCUAAAAAGACAACUGGAAAAUUAUAUUAAGGUUUUAUCGGUGCCUACUAGGCUUUUUCGUAUGGCAAAUAGAAGUGGUCUUGUCUCGGCUCGUCUAAUGGGAGCUCAACAUGCUCGAGGUGAUGUUCUAGUAUUUCUCGAUGCCCAUUGCGAAUGCUCGCGUGGGUGGAUGGAACCCUUACUGCAACGGAUUAAAGAGUCGCCCAAGAGUGUAAUCUGUCCGGUGAUUGAUAUUAUUUCCGAUGAUAAUUUUAGUUACACGAAAACUUUUGAAAAUCAUUGGGGUGCUUUUAAUUGGCAAUUGAGCUUUCGAUGGUUUUCGUCGGAACGCAGAGGCACAUCAUUGAGAGAAACACCAACAAGGCCCAUAAAGACACCUGCUAUGGCUGGGGGGCUAUUUGCCAUCGAUCGCAAGUACUUUUAUGCGGUUGGGUCUUAUGAUGAGCAAAUGAAGAUUUGGGGCGGCGAAAACGUAGAAAUGUCCUUUCGUAUUUGGCAAUGUGGCGGCAGUGUGGAAAUAAGUCCAUGUUCUCAUGUGGGUCAUGUGUUUCGCAGCAGUACUCCGUACACCUUUCCUGGCGGUAUGAGCGAAGUCUUGGGUAAAAACUUGGCACGAGCAGCUAUGGUGUGGAUGGAUGAAUGGCAAUAUUUUGUAAUGCUAUAUACGUCGGGUCUUUCCUUGAAUAUGCGCGAUAAAGUCGACGUUUCAAGCCGUUUGGCGUUGCGUGAGAAACUUCAAUGUAAACCAUUCUCAUGGUAUUUAGAGAACGUAUGGCCUGAACAUUUUUUUCCUGCACAUGAUCGUUUUUUUGGCAAAAUUAUUUGGUUAGACGGUGAAACCGAAUGUGCGCAAGCCUAUACACAUCACAUGAAGAAUAUACCGGGGCAUCGGAUAUCUCGCGAAUGGACGCGUGUGAUAAGGGAAAUCGAUAGCAAUGCAGAUCAGUUUAUGUCUCUUAUCGACUUAGAUCGUGACAAAUGCCUGCGGCCGGUUAAGGAAGAUGCACCUCGCACGUCCCUGCAACCUAUAACGGUGGGCGACUGUAACGCCCACCAUCAGACGAUGGAUAUAUAUGUUAUCACACCUUCUGGUAAAGUGAUGACUAACAACAAUAUUUGUUUAACGUACAGUGAACCCAAACAAAGUGUUAUACAAAUGUUGAAAAAUCGUAAUGCCACUACAACUAAUGUUCAGUUAACACAAUGCCUAGCAAAUGAUUCCCGCCAACUUUGGGAUUAUGAUUUAGACACACAACACAUAAGCCAUCGUGAGACUAAACUUUGUUUGACUCUGAAAUCUGCUUUAACUGGAGGACGCACACAAAAGUCUGAAAAAAUUGUAAUGGCCAUUGAAUGUGAUUUCAAAGACAUCACUCAAAAAUGGGGCCUAAUUCCACUGCCAUGGAAAAUUUAAUUUACAAAAUGGAGAAAUCGAAAAAGAAUAUGUAGUGCAAUUAGAAAAUUUUAAAAAAUUUUCAUCUUUAAAAACU